CUCCGCCAGAAGCGGGUAUUCCACUAGCCUACAUUACAUCUCUCUGCCGACAACGUCCUCCUCCCAUCACUGAUUCGAGCACCGUUUUGUUCUUUUGGUUCUAAUCAGUAGUAGGUACGUGUGCUUGUAGAAAAUCGCCCAGCAAAUUUGAUAUACAUUCUCUCUCUGCGAAUUAACGAACCUUACGGAAAGAUGAUUCGUGUGUAAGGGACGCAUGGCGGAAGUGGUAGUGUGCGUUGUUGUCCGGGAAGGGCUGAGGGAAUGAAUGGGGACAGGUAUGAAACAGAUGCGGGAAAAUAUACUCAAUAGUCCCACGCAAUAGAGGCAAUAAUACUCUUCUCGACGUCAUACUAACAGUGAAAGCAGUACAUCUGAAUUAUAGUAUAGUCAGUAGAUGCAUUCAUUUUGCCUCUGCUAAAAGAACAUUUCCAAGAAGGAAGAAAAACUUUAUAAGUGCACCGUGAUGGCGAUGUGUGAACGUCAGCUGUGAAGGAAGAUAUUCACGUAGUGCUCCGUCGUUCCCACACUCCCUCCCCUGCUUCGACUGACCGUGGGUUCCCUGGGCUAGUUCCUGCUCACAAUAUCUCGCUGAAUAGACUGUCAGUCACUCAGCUUGUCGUGUGCAUUCGCAGGAACCCGUUUUGAUGAGGUAUGCAGUGGCGUUGUUGCGCCGCUCCACACAGCACCUCUAGCGAGCACAGCCACACACGCCAGUGAAACAGGUUUGAUGUCUCGUCGAGGACAGCCGGAUGCAGCAACGAGGACAGGCGGGUGCGAGGUGGACGUCGCUGAGGCGCGAAAACACGGUGUUGAGACGUGGGCAGGGCAGGCUGUUGUGAGGUGGGGCUGUGAGGCUGGACCUGUGAGGCAGGGCUGUGAGGCAGGACCUGUAAGGCUGGACCUGUAAGGUGAGGCUGUGAAGCAGAACAUGACCCCACUGAACCUGCCAUGACCACCGCUCUCUCACUCAGCAGGUCUGAUAACUCACCGUGAUUGCAGCCCGAGAAGAAAACCUCAAAAUUCAUUAAGGAACACAGAAAACAUAUAACUACUCACUACAGGGUUAAGCUGAGCCCAUCCUCCACUACUGAAGAUGCUGACACAGUUUGAGCUCCUGAAUGCCUCUGACGGCCUCGGGGGAGAUGAUGACAGCGGGAUGUCCGUUUCGCCAUUAGAUGGUCUGGCAGAGUACCCAAUGGAGCAGGCGGAGUUCGAGUACUUUGAGAACAGCUUACCCACAGACUCCUUCUACGACACGGCGCAGUCUCAGGAGCUCCACCAGACGCUGCCUCCACCGCCUACGGGGACUUCUGUAGGAUUAUUUGCCAAUCCAGUGUACGACCCGACUUCCUACGAUGGGACUACCAUCAUCUACGACCAAGAUGACAUGGUGUCACCCUUCACCACCGAGGUCACGGCCUUCAGUGAUGAUCUCAAGCCUCCACAAGGCAUCUCCCCUUACAAGGAGGAGAUGAAGGUGGGCGAAGAAGACCUGAAAUUCAAUGAAGACAUGUCAAGUUAUGAUGGGUUUUCCGGGAGCAUAUACCAGAGCAGCGUGGGCACAUCACACACCCACGCUGAUAAUCUGGGCUUCAGUAACCUGUGUGAUGCCUUCGACAACGAGCCUCACGUGGGCCCCAGGGAGAAGACGAUUCCAAAGGCCUGGGAAGAAGUAAAUAUUACAGGCUCUGGUAAAGGUAAGAUCGGUCCACUACAGAGACGAGCCCUAGACUCCAUCUUUAGUGUGACUGAGAAGCCGUCGCGAGGGUUGGUGCUACACAUCGCGUCCGAGCUGGGCCUCCAUCACCUCACUGUCAAGAAUUUCUUCUCAAAUGGGAGAAGAAGGCUACGGCGAGCAGCAGCGAGACUGAGCGAUCCAGAACGUACAAAGAGGGAAAAUGAGCGCAGGAAGGAGAAGAGACGUCUGACCGCCCUCGCCUCUGCUCUCUCAGCUGGUGAAGGCAAGGUCGGAGCGGCCGUCACCAGCACUGUCAAGGUAAUGUCGCCACAAACCCCGCCUGCCGACUCCCCACCUCCCAAAGAAACUCCAGUUGUAUCACCUGAAAGAAAAGCUCUCAUGGAGAAGCUGGCAGACAAGGUACAGAGGAGCGUGGCCCAGCGCUCCCUGGCCGCUGACCUCGACCUCUUGGUACCCACUUCAUCACAGACUCUACUAACUCACAGCUCACAGACCUUCCUCUCACAACCCAAUGACAUCUUGGCUCAUCCCCCAAAUGAUAUCUUGUCGCAGGCCUCACACGACAUUCUUUCACAGUCCACUCAUGAUCUACUCGCCCAAUCACCUCACGAUUUCUUGAACCAACCCACUCAGGAUCUAACAGACAGCAGUUCGACUUCCCCGGCAUUCCUGCAGUCACACACAGACCCGUGGAACUUAUUUUGAUAUCUUACAAGGCUCUACCUUAAAAGCACAAAUCCACAUACCCAACUAAAUCCUCAAGCCCCACGUUUCUUUGAACCUCUUUUCCAUUGGACGCCAGGUACAAACCUCUGUAUUACCACAACAUAACGCCUCUCCUGCCAUACUGACCCCUAUCCACCUCAACUAAUCCUGACAGUCACUCAAUCUUUUUUCUAAAUCUUCAGCAUUUUAUUUUAAUUCCGAGCCUCUUAAGUCUUCCCCGCAGAAACAAGAACUUCCUCUAUGUGCCUUACCACAACCUCGCGUCGUAUUGCCAUGUGUGUCGCCUGAUGGGAGUGUUAUACUUCAAGUGAGAUGCUCCCGGCCUAUGGGGGUCCUCUGACAACCCAUUAUGCUCCAGCAUCCCGCCAGUCCCAUCAUCUGUCAUCCACUUUACAUAGGUCAUAUACACGAAACUUUUGAGUCAUUCGGCCUGGCGGCUGAGGUGACUACACGAAGCUUCGAAUCAAUGGGUCUGGUGACUAAGGUGAUUAAGCGAGUCUUUGAGUCAGUAGGUCUGGCGACUCAGGUGAUAUUGUUUAGCUAGUCAGUAAAAUAUGUUAAGAAUUAUUUAUGGAUAGACUCAGAGUGAGAGCCUGCGUAUCCUGGUAUCUAGGAUCCACGCCUAGUGGCUAUGUGACCUUGUCUUAACUAAGUCAAAACAGACAACUUAAUUGUUCCAAAACUUGGAUUAUUUUAUCACAAUUGUAACAAACUGAUACAAUGUUAAUAAAAAUCUGAACAAUGAUAAACA